AUGUUCCCAAAAAGCACUCAUCAAUAUAAUGGGAUUCUUCACUUACUUCUGCAUUUCAGGUGGACAUGGAUUGGGGUGCUUUAUCUCGAUGAUGACAACGGGGAAAGAUUUGUGCAGAAUGUCCUUCCCUUUUUCUCAGAGAGGGGCAUUUGUUUUGAUUUCAUACAAAGUCUCCCCAAACAAGGAUUUACUGGGGAACUGCAGAAACUUAUAGAAGAAAGUCUUGAAAUUUACAAGAUCAUCAUGAGAAAUACUUCCAAUGUUUUGCUCAUACAUGGAGAAAUACAGACGAUGGCAGCUUUAAGAUUGCUGAUAGCAGGUUCAGUAUAUUCAGAUAUAUCUUCGAAGCCAGGUGACAAAGUCUGGAUUAUGAUGGCCCAAAUGGAUUUCACUUCCUUUGCUUUCCAAAGCAGCUGGAGCAUAGAUUUCCUUCAUGGUGCUAUAUCCUUGGCAGUCCACUCAAAUAAAGUGUCAGGAUUCCGAGAGUUUCUUCGGACCAGAAACCCUAUCUCAGAAAAAGAAGAUGGUUUUAUCCAGAGCUUCUGGGAAAGUGUGUUUGAAUGUUUUUUCUCUGAAAACCUGUCUGAGAAAACUUGCACUGGGUUUGAAAAACUGGAGUCUCUUCCUGGUUCUCUCUUUGAAAUGAAGAUGACGGCUCACAGCUAUAGCAUAUACAAUGCAGUCUAUGCUGUAGUACAUGCUCUGCACCACAUACGUUUCUUGAAAUUCAAGCAAAAAAUAAUAGUAAAGGGGCAGAGAAAGAAACUUCUCAAUCGAUACUCUUGGCAGCUUCAUCACUUUCUACGAAAAGUAUCAUUCAACAACAGUGCUGGAGACCAAAUUUCCUUUGACCAAAAUGGAGAAAGAAUAGCUGGAUUUGAUAUUAUCAACUGGAUAACCUUCCCAAAUCAGUCUUUCCUGAAAGCAAAAGUUGGAAAGAUUGACCCAUAUGCUUCUUCAAAGAGUAUAUUCUCCAUUAAGGACAAUAGCAUUGUAUGGCCUAACAAGUUCAAUCAUUUUCAACCUAUUUCAGUUUGUAACGAUAAUUGCCAUCAAGGAUUCUAUAAGAGGAAGAAGGAGGGGAAGCCCUUUUGCUGUUAUGAUUGUCUUCCAUGUCCAGAAGGAAAGAUUUCAACCCAGAAGGACAUGGAUGACUGUGUUCAGUGCCCAGAAGGACAAUUUCCAAACGAUGCUAAAGAUGGAUGUCUUCUGAAAAAAAUCACUUAUCUCUCUUACAGAGAACCUUUGGGAUUUGGUUUGACGAUUCUUGCACUCUGUCUUUUUUUAAUUACAAUGUUGAUACUUGUGAUAUUCAUUAAACAUCAAGGCACUCCCAUUGUCAAAGCCAAUAAUAGGAAUCUCACUUAUGCUCUCCUUAUUUCUCUCAUGCUCUCAUUCCUUUGUGCUUUACUGUUCAUUGGCCAGCCCAGAAAGUUGUCAUGUCUUUUCCGACAAAGUGCCUUUGGUAUCAUCUUUACAUUUGCCGUAUCUUGUGUCUUGGCCAAAACCAUCAUCGUAGUUCUUGCUUUUAAGGCCACGAAGCCCGAUUCCCAAAUGAGGAAGUAUAUGAAAAAACCCCUGGCUACCUCCAUUGUUUUUCUAUGCUCCUUUGUCCAACUCAUUAUUUGUACCAUGUGGUUGAUAAUCACUCCCCCAUUCCCAGAUUUUGAUAUGCAUUCUUUAGCGGAAGAAAUUCUGCUCGAAUGUAAUGAAGGCUCAAUGGUCAUGUUUUACUGUGUCCUCAGCUUUAUGAGUUUCUUGGCACUCCUGAGCUUCACUGUAGCUUUCUUUGCCAGAAAUUUGCCAGACACAUUCAACGAAGCCAAGUUUAUCACCUUCAGUAUGCUGAUGUUUUGCUCAGUUUGGCUAACUUUUGUCCCCACAUACUUGAGUGCAAAGGGAAAAUCCAUACUGGCUGUGGAAAUCUUCUCCAUUUUGGCUUCCAGUGCUGGGUUACUAAUUUGUAUGUUUCUUCCCAAAAGUUAUGUUAUAUUGAUAAAGCCAGAACUGAACAAUAGAGAACAGCUGAUAAGAAUAAAGAACUAA